GGCGUAAUCUACUCCCGAUUUUAACAUUAAUUUCGACGUAUUUCUGUCCUUUUGCGGCGUUGCAAGACUUUCUCUUCUUCUCUACAGGGAGAGUCGAGUCCUUCCUCACUCUGGAAAAAAACUUUUCAAGAUGGUGAUUGUGUGAGAGUUGGGUGCGUUUCAUGGGAUUUAUACCGAACAGUGACACGAAGAAAACACUUUCAGCAGUCCCACAGACAAUUAACUACAGCUCCCAAUUUUUGCUCACAGUAUAAAAACCGCAUCAUAUCUUGGAUUACGUUGGUUUUCUUCAUCGUGGUGGAAGGAGGGAAGAGUUUAGGGAAUCGGUGAAUAUUAUAUCAGCCCUCUUUCUCAUAGAUUUAUCACAACUACCAAUACUAGGACUUAAGAAGAGGAAACUUGUGAUAAUCAAAUGACAAGCUAGGAUAUGUCUUGAUGAACACAUAUUUGGGCCAACACUAGGCCCCUCACUCCUCCACCUUUUCAAAGUGCUUGCAAAGAUCCAGACAGAUAACUAAGGAUGUCUGCUGGACCGCUUGUUGACAAGAUUGACCCAUUCAAAAGGUCACCCAAGAAGAAGCCCAAAAAAUCGCAGGGCUCAUCAAGAUAUCACUCGGGAAGUGAAGCAGAUCUGCAACCUCUUCCUUUAUUAAAAGAUGUUCCGGCCGGCGAGCAAGAGGAGCUCUUCAUUCGUAAACUGCGCCAGUGCUGCCUGGGCUUCGAUUUUCUCGACCCGGUAGCCGACCUUAAAGGAAAAGAAAUCAAGCGAGCUUCGCUUACCGAGCUGGUCGACUACAUCACGGCCGGUCGCGGAGUCCUGACCGAGCCAGUCUAUCCGGAGAUCAUCCGCACGAUCACGAGCAAUCUGUUUCGGACGCUGCCGCCGAGCGACAACCCCGACUUUGAUCCGGAAGAGGAUGAUCCGACACUUGAGGCCUCGUGGCCUCAUCUACAGGUGAUUUAUUUGGUCUACGAGUUCUUCUUACGCUUCCUGGAGUCGCCGGAUUUCCAGCCAGGCAUCGGCAAGAAAGUGAUCGAUCAGAAGUUCGUCCUUCAGUUGCUGGAGCUAUUCGAUAGCGAAGAUCCCCGCGAGCGGGAUUUCCUCAAAACAGUAUUGCACCGGAUUUACGGGAAAUUUCUGGGCUUGCGAGCUUUUAUCCGCAAACAGAUCAACAACAUCUUUCUCAGAUUCAUUUAUGAGACGGAACACUUUAACGGUGUCAGCGAGCUUUUGGAAAUUCUCGGGAGCAUUAUCAAUGGAUUCGCCCUGCCGCUGAAGGUGGAACACAAGCAGUUUCUGGUCAAGGUCUUGUUGCCCCUGCACAAGGUCAAGUGCCUGUCGCUCUACCACGCCCAGCUGGCCUACUGUGUCGUCCAGUUUCUUGAGAAGGAUCCCUCGCUCACGGAGGAGGUGAUCCGUGGCCUGCUCAAGUACUGGCCCAAGACUUGCUCUCAGAAGGAGGUGAUGUUCCUCGGUGAGAUUGAAGAGAUUCUCGAUGUGACGGAGCCGGCCCAAUUCAUCAAGAUUCAGGAGCCGCUCUUCAAGCAGAUUUCGCGAUGCGUUUCCAGCCCUCACUUCCAGGUGGCCGAACGUGCUCUGUAUCUGUGGAACAACGAGUAUGUCAUGAGCUUAAUAGAAGAGAACAGUGCGGCCAUAAUGCCAAUCAUGUUCCCAGCCCUCUACCGCAUCAGCAAGGAGCACUGGAACCAAACGAUUGUCGCCCUUGUCUACAAUGUUCUCAAAACCUUUAUGGAGAUGAACUCGAAACUAUUUGACGAGUUGACAGCCACCUAUAAGACUGAGAGACAGAAAGAGAAGAAGAAAGAGAAGGAGAGGGACGAACUGUGGCGUAAAUUGGCCGAACUGGAAAUCAGCCAUCGUCGACGUGAGCCGUCGGCCAAGACGAACGCUACAGGAGGCGUGGCCCUGGCCAAACAAAGUCCGCCCACUUUAAAAUGAAAAAAAAAAAAAGAAUGAAGCAGCCACCUCGACUCCUUCGCCGCCCACAUACAUACAUAUAUAAACACACACACACACCACAAACACAUACAUACAUACUCACCACUCUCUUCUCCUUCUUACAGACUUUCACCCCCUCAUCCCAUCCCCUAUCUUCCCUCCUGCUUCCACUGUCCCCCUCAAGAUGAUCAAUUUAAUAAUAAUUUAACCCGUUGAAUCAUUCAUGCAAACGAGUAUUUUUGAGUCGACCAUUUAUAGAGGGACAAUAAUACCAAGCAAAAAAAAAAAAGACUGGCCAUGUAAAACAACAGUGUCGAUGUGUGUCUGUGUUGAGUGCGCGCGUUAAGCCGAGUGACAGGACAUUUUGUGCGUGCGUGUGCGAGCGAGCGUGAAUGGCUGGUUGGAUGUAUGAACCCAAAAAAAAUGGAGCCGAGAGAAGAAGAAAAAUGAACAAACGUAACUUUGUCCUUCCCCUCUAUCCUUCCCGCUCUUAGACACUGAAACUAUCUACCAACACCUUUUUUUUCUCUCUCUUUAUCAUGUUCGUUCCUCCACCGCCUAACUCUCCCACAACUCUCCCAUCUCCAUUUUGAAGAGAGAGGGGAAAACCAAAUGCAAAAUGUUUAAAAAAAUGAGCUAGAUUUUUUUUUAAGGACGUGAGAAAAAAAAAAGUAAAAGUCUUGAGUGACAACAGAUUCGAUUCGGAUAUUCCCUAGUCCCAUUGCUUUUGCUCUGGCGAUUUGACAAACCCAACAGGAGAAAAAAAAAACACAUUUCAAGUGCAAACAUGUAAAACUCCCAGAGUUUUUAAAGGAAAAAAAAAGCAAAUCGGGUUAUUGGGAUUUGGGUUUCCUUUUUUCUUGUUGAAAUCCACAUGGAAAUGGCGUUAAAACUAGAAACGAGAUGAGGGAGAGGUGGAGGAAAAAGUUGAGAUAUGACGAGUGUAACAAAAUAUUUGAACAAGGACAUUACGAACGUGAUAAUAGCCAGCGUAGAGAUAGAGAAGCGGAAUGGGGGGAACGAAUGGCAAGAAGGAGGAAAAUGUCUAGUGCGGGCGUGUACUUUUUCAACAACAGCAAAAACAAUUCUUUUCUUUUUUUUAAUUGUGAUUUUUUUUUUUUGUCUUUUUCCCCGUUUGAUUUGCUGGGAAGGUUAGGGUUUUCUUCGGCUCUCGCGAUCGCAAUUGUUCUGGUGUUGAUUUUCCCCAUUUUUUUUAUUGUCUCGUCUACAGGAGGAAGAAAUCAUUAGUCGCCGUCUUGUUGUAGCCAAUUUGUUGCUCUCCUCCUUCCCAAUAAUUUUUCAAACACGAUUUGUUUUAAUUUGCUCCCUUUUCCCUCUAUUCUUCUUAUAGGACUUAUCGACGAAAGUUAUGUUGCCCGAGUAACUCUUGCAAGUCAAUGAAAGAGGGACGGCCGCGUUUGAUCGCUUCUCGUUAGUUUGAGAAAUAUUUGAAAAUGAAUGAGUACAUCCAUACCGCAAAAACCCACCCCCACCCCCUUUCCUGUAUAGUUGCCCUCCCACCAACUCUCCCCUCUUUCAACUGUCUCCCCCCCCCUCCGAACAUCUUUUGAUUUCAUGAAUAGGUGUGUGUCGUGUUCUUUAUAUACACCUGCUGAUCACUUCUUCUUGUCUUACGUGCAGUUUUCUGUUUGUUUAUACGAUCGUUCACAUUCUUUGCAGCUCUUUGAAUCUAUUGAGCAUAUAUCUUCUCUUUAAUUAUCUUCAUGCAAUGUUUUGAUUAGAUUUCGUUUCUGAGCCAGUUUUUAAUUGACCCGCCCCCUUUUCCUCCCAUCGUUUCUUUUUGACAGCUCUUCAAUAUGAUGAUGCUGGUGCACUUCCCAUCCACUUUUUUUUUUGGAGGAAAAAAAUCAUCUUCUUCUAAUAAUAAUAAUGGUCGGCUGUACAUUUUCUUUUUUUUUUUUGUAUCCCGUCACACCUGUCUCCCCCUCCAAAAUUCUUUUGCGCUCUCCACCAAUCUUAUCAUCAUGAGUCUUAACUACACCUUCGUCCAUGCCCCGUUUCCCUGUCCUUCGUGUACAGAUGGUUGAACAUCUUUUGUGUCUCUUUUGUCCAAACUGUUCGAUCAUCUUUCUUGGAUUUUCUCUUGUUCAAGAAGGAAACCGUUCAAGACGUAACAAAAAAAAAAAUUAAGUAAAGCAAACCAACCAACCGGCCACACCAACAACAAAGUAACAUGUGCCCUCCCACCCAUUUUAUCAUCCCCUGUUGUCAAGUGUGUUUACUCUGCAUCGACCGAGUUGUAUGUCUGCAGUCAUAAAAACCAAUGAAACGAGGAUUAUGAAGAAACAAGAGCGAGAUACAAAAACAAAAACGAAAAAAUGUUGUGUCUCUGUUUAAGAUUGUAAGUGAAAAUUUGAUCUGUCUAGCCAAUGACUUAUUCGUCUUCCUAAAUUAUUGACAAGGAAAUGCAGCACAGCGAAAGGGGGGCAAAUUCGUUUGCAAUUCCAAUUGGGGCAGACGUCAGAUCGGUCCCGCCUAAAAGGUAUAUUGGCAGAUGAAACAUUGAUUUCGCUACGUCUGCGUAGGCACCUUUCAGUGCAGGUUCAAGUGUUGACACACUUUGAAAGGUCGACCUAUUCCUUGUCAACAUUUUGUUUGUUUGAACGCUAGGUUCGGGGUUGCUUGCUUCAAGAUAUAUUAACCCAAAUAGGGUUGAAAAUUCAAUCAAGAACGUCAAGUGCCCUCCCGUCGAUCACCCAAUAUAGAGCAGGUGGGCUUUCAAUCAUCAAGAGAAGCUUUUUCCAAUUAACUUUGGUCGUCCCUUCCAAUUUAUUCGGCCAUUGUCUAUCGGACAAUGCCUCCUCUGAAAAGGUCGCUACUCUCUCGCCAGAAAGAACAAUUCGGAAUAGCUACAGCUUUAUGCAACGCAAAUCGAUCGCAAUACGACGGGGAUUCGUGUCACAUAAAGAACGCCAUAUUCAGCUUACGUCAAAGAGAAAAUCAGACGUGAAACAGACAGACCGUCGAGUGAGGCGACUGCACUUGUACUGUGCUCCUGGCUCGUCGGGGUGACUCUCUGCGAAUUCGUUUGGUUGGCUGGUGACUUGAUGAGGUAUCGACCAACCGUCAAGAUGAUAUGUGUCCUCUUUUGUAUGUAACGAGGGUCGCCAGGGGGGGGCUAGGAGCUCCGAGGAAACGAGAGCUAAAGUAGUUGGGAAUAUAUAUGUGUACUGGAUCUAAUAGCACUCUGCAAGAUUGUUGGUGGAAAGCUGACAAGUUGUGUGUUUGCCGUCUGGGUCAUGUGUCAGCAUCUCCGUCCUGGCUGUCUUCGACGGAAAGAAAAGCAGAGCAGAAUAAACUACAGCAGCGCAAUCUGUUCUCUCUCUGCUGUGGGAAAUCCCUUUUUUGGACUAGUAGCUACUAAAGAUUAAUCGAGCGGGCGAAUUAAAUGCCAGUCAAAAAACGGACUUAUUUGGGUCACUGAGGAUUAGGCUACUAACUCUUCAUCCUUUCUUCCUAUUUUAUUAAAAAGAAGCUGCAGCAGCGACUGACUGAAAUAUUGGCAUCGUUAUUUGCGUCCAUCCAGCCAGAAGAAAUCGCUUUGUGAUACUGAUUCGAAUAUUCUAUAGACACUCAUCCGAUCGUGACGUCUUUUUUUUCUCCUUGUCAUCGAGACAAUCAGCAAUUAUGGGAGUACGAUAUUUCCGUGUCUAUUGAUUCUCUAUAGUCCGCAGGAAAAUGUAGUUUACUCAAUAGAAAGCCUUUCCUUUGAUGGUUUGCAACUUAUUCCUUUAUCCAUCCCGCUAUAAAUCUCCGCCAUAUCGUUAUUUCAUUACGAGAUAAUCUCUGUAUUACAUGACGGGACACAUAUAGUCAUACAACUAAACCACCGCAUCAUCUCACGUAAAACAUUGGAAUUUUAUUCGAGUUAUAACCCCCGUAGAAAGGGGGAAAAAAAUCAAUAGAUAUUACCCACUCAAUGUACAGCACGCAAUCAUUCAUCACUUCCUUGGCCCAAGUUCCGGAUGGAUUGGUUGUGCAACAGAGCAAUUAAGACAUAGCAUCGCCUCAUCAUCGUGGAGACCAGUACCGCUGUAUCGAUUAUCGAGGGCUCACUACCCCCGACAAUGAUGCGGUUGUCGUCAUUUUAUGUGUGUGUAUUCUUUUUCCAUUAUGGAAAUAUACAAAUAAUAAUACGGCGGACGAAAAAGUAUUGAUUGCGGAAACUCUUUGCGGUUACACAAAAAUGACACGAUACUAUGAGAAAUAAAUGUCUGGAUGGCCACCAAUAAAAUUCUGGGCCCAAAAGGGAAAUGGCUGAACUCUUCCCGUUGAUCGCAUUUGAUCCUCGGUCACGGACUUAUUAGUUAAGUUAUCACAAUUUUCCUAGUCACGACAAAAUGUUGGCAGUUUGGAACAGCGACCGAAUUAGUCUGGCCCUUCCUCUACAGUACAAAUCGUUUUAUUUGAUGCAACACAUCACAUCAAAGUUAAGGACAGACGAAAUUUAUGGCUUUACUUGGAGAACCAACUACUAUACUAUAUUAUGGCAAACAACACGCAAAGUAUACGACCGUCUUUGGUAUAAACCCGGAUUGUUGCGAACGCAGGGUCCCGCCGGUUCAACCUUGAUGAAGGUUAAACAUCUUCUAGCACCUUAACAGCAAAGGUACACACACACACACCCAAUCAAGAGCAGGCGAAAAAAGGGAAAACAAUAAGGAAGAUGCCCAAAGAAAAAUUGGGUGUGGUGCUGCAGACUCCCCUAUAUAAAUCGGAGCACCAGCAAGCCCUGGAUUACACAUCACCUCCGAUCGUCUUUUAAACCGCUUCCCGUAAGUCUCAACAUGUACAAGUUCCUGAGCCUGUUGGUGUUGGUCACUUUGGCCGCUUUGGUUUUCGGUGAGGAUCAGCAGGUCCAGGAUCAGGAAACUGCCGAGCAAUUCUACCAAAUUCACGGCUAUUACCCGACCUGGUACAGCGCACCCGUCUACCGUGCUGGUUACUACUACAACAACUACGCCUAUCGCACUCUGCCUUAUUUCUACCAUUCUUACCCUUAUGGCUUCCAGUACGUUCUGUAGAACACGCCGUGAUUGCAAGUGACCAUUUGAACAGAGCUAGACGAUUAUUUACCGCCCAUGUUAUCAGGAUUCCUUUUGAAGUAUGCUAUCUGUACGAUCCUGAAUCCUUAUUUCAAACAGCUAUACAACUCGUUGUUUCUAUAUUUGUACCCCUUUUCUUUGUUGAAUACAUCCAUUUUCUUUUGAAA